AUUUGCGGUAUUAUUAUCCUAUUUGUAUCGUCCUACGCAUCUCGUAAUUCUCUUGGGAGAUAAAAAUUAAUCUAAUUUCUUUUCUAUAAAGCUUGUAACUGCGAUCCGUCAUCGAUUUCCCAUAUUUUUUUUCUUUCACUCCUUUUUCAGACACUACCGCUUUAUUAUUACCCAGCGUUUGCGUCCUUCUUUUUAAAGCUCCAUGCCUAUUGAAUUUUAAAAAAUGACAGGAUCUUCGCCAAAACCAGUACCUCCUACCAUCAUAACCGACCCAUCGGCUUUGAAUGACCGAACGGAAAACACCCCCGCAUUGACAUUAUAUUCUGCUGAUGAGGCUAAUCUGGAGUCCACCCCUCCAUCACCACUUUUCGACCCCGAGCCAAAGCCGGACGAUACCAAGUCAACCCAUCCUGUAAAUAUCGAACAACUGCUUCAGCCGCAUGAAGAUCCACAAAACCCCUUUGCCUUUACAACCGAUCAAUUGUCUGCUUUAUACGAUCCAAAAAACAUUGAACUUUUGGCCGCAUAUGGUGGACUAGAGGGCAUAGCACAGGGCCUACACUCCAAUGUCAGAGAUGGUCUGAGCAACGAUGAAAAUGCUCCGUUUGAACCUAUAACGUUAUCUGCACUCACCGACAGCCAUGAUGAUACCGAAGAAUGCAAGCUUGAAGCGAAUAACGGUGGUGCUACCAAAGAAUCGGUAACGCCUCCACCAACACAGCAUACCACCUCGGGAACUCGCUUUGGUCAGCGUCAAGCUGUUUUCGGUUCUAAUAUCUUGCCCGAUGUCAAAGCCAAAAAUAUUUUUCAACUCAUGUGGAUGGCUUUCAACGAUAAAACUUUGAUCCUAUUGACCAUUGCUGCGGUUGUGUCAUUAGGUGUUGGUUUAUACGAAGAUAUUGGCGCACCGCCACAGCUCGACGCAAAUGGAAAUCCUGAACCAGAUGUUCACUGGGUGGAAGGUGUGGCUAUCAUUGUGGCUAUCAUCUUGGUUGUCACCGUUGGCAGUGUGAAUGACUACCAAAAGGAAAAGCAAUUUAGAAAAUUGAAUGCCAAGAAAGAAGACCGCGAUAUCCGAGUCACAAGGUCUGCUAAGCAAGCCAUGAUAUCCAUUCGAGAUUUACAAGUUGGCGACGUGCUUCAUUUAGAACCGGGAGAAAUCAUUCCAGCCGAUGGUAUAUUUAUAGAAGGUCACAAUCUAAAGUGUGACGAAUCGACUGCGACGGGUGAAACAGAUGCCGUCAAGAAGCAAGGUUGGCGUGAAUGCUUCCGGUUACAUGAAAUCUACCAACGUCAACAUCCAGAUGAUGGCCGUAGCGUGAGUGGCGCAAGUGGUAUCAGCAAACCUGACUCUCCCAGCACGUUGGUCCCCACUCCCACCGCCACUACUCAAGGCAAUAAGCGACUCAGCGUUCAAGGCAACUUUUUGGCUCCUCCUUCACCUGGACAAAAGGAAAGUUCUUCAACACCAUCUUCUUCAGCUGUUUCUACCACUUCUUCCGAACCUGUCUUUGAAGCCGGUGCUCAUUUGCCUGAUCCAUUCUUGAUUUCUGGAAGCAAAGUGUUGGAAGGUGUUGGAACGUACAUGGUGACUAACGUUGGAGAAUCUUCCUUCAAUGGUAAGACGUUGAUGGCCCUGCGCACUGAGUCACAAAGCACACCUUUACAAGAAAAGUUGGAUGGUCUCGCUGAGAUGAUUGCUAAACUUGGCUCAGCUGCUGGUAUCCUCAUGCUUUUGGUCCUAUUGAUCCGAUACUUUGUGGGCUGGAAAUACAAUGGUAUUCCCAGCAGUCCUGCCAAGAUUGUUGAAGACAUCAUGAAUAUCAUCAUUGUUGCCAUCACCGUCAUUGUUGUGGCUGUUCCGGAAGGUCUCCCUUUGGCUGUCACCCUAGCUUUGGCUUAUGCCACGCAAAGAAUGUUAAAGGACAACAAUCUCGUUCGUGUCCUCGCUGCUUGUGAAACCAUGGGCAAUGCUACCACUAUCUGCUCUGACAAGACUGGUACCCUCACCCAAAACGUCAUGACAGUGGUCGCCGGUACGUUGGGAAAUUCAUUCCGAUUUCAAAAGGAAGUUCCAUCUUCCCGAAACGACUUGGUAGCCUUAAAGGAUGUCAAGGAAAAGGCUCCCAUUCCUGUCGCUCUCCUCAUUAAUCAAGCAGUGGCUGUCAACUCAACUGCCUUUGAAUCUACUGGUGACGAUGGCAAGGUGACUCUGCUUGGCAAUAAGACCGAAACGGCCCUUCUUGGAUUCUCUCAAUCUCUAGCUGACAAUACAUUGACUCAUCAACGAUCAAGGUGGGGCGUUGAACAAGUCUUCCCAUUCAGUUCAGACCGCAAGGCCAUGGCCACAGUUAUUCGAAUUCCUCAUUUGGAUGAUCAUGGCAAGGAAGUCAAGGUCACUUACCGUGUCCACAUCAAGGGUGCCUCCGAAACCCUUCUUGUUCGUUGCUCCAACAUUGUAUCUAUGCAUGAUUCAUCUUACCGCUAUCAGACAGAUAUCAAUGAGGAUGAUUUUGAAGUCAAAGUCCGAGAAAUGACGGAAGAUAGCCACACCCGUAUGAACAAGAUCAUCCAGAGUUAUGCCUCGCGAUCUCUCCGAACGAUUGCUCUCUGCUAUAGGGAUUAUGAUCACUGGCCGCCAAGAAAAUCCAGAAAGUAUUUCCAAGAUGAAGAGGUCGAAGUGCCUUAUGAGGAUCUUGUGGGCGACAAUCAGCUCACCUUCAUCGGCGUUGUCGGUAUCGAAGAUCCUCUCCGUCCUGGUGUCAAAGAUGCUGUACUGGCUUGUCAAAGGGCUGGUGUUUUUGUCCGCAUGGUCACUGGUGACAAUAUGACUACUGCUAAAAGUAUUGCCAAGCAAUGUGGUAUCUUUACCAGCGGUGGUAUCGUCAUGGAAGGUCCUGUUUUCCGAAAUCUCCCUCCAGCUGAAAUGGAUGAAAUCAUUCCACGUCUGCAAGUGUUGGCUCGCUCCAGUCCUGAAGACAAACGCAUUCUUGUUGGUCGUCUCAAGGAACUAGGUGAAACUGUCGCUGUCACCGGAGACGGAACUAAUGAUGCACCUGCUCUCAAAUUGGCCGACGUUGGUUUCUCUAUGGGCAUUACUGGUACUGAAGUUGCCAAGGAAGCAUCUAGUAUCAUUCUUAUGGACGACAACUUUAGUAGUAUUGUCAAAGCUGUCUCUUGGGGUCGCUGUGUUAACGAUGCUGUUAAGAAGUUCUUGCAAUUUCAAAUCACCGUCAAUAUCACUGCCGUACUUCUUACCUUUAUCUCUGGUGUGGCUUCCUCCAGCCAAAAGUCUGUCUUGACGGCUGUCCAACUACUUUGGGUUAACCUGAUCAUGGAUACCUUUGCUGCUUUGGCUCUGGCAACCGACCCUCCGUCACCUGAACUCCUUUUGCGAAAUCCCGAACCCCGUUCCGCGCCUCUCAUCACCUUUCCAAUGUGGAAGAUGAUCAUAGGUCAAAGUAUCUUCCAAGUCGUCGUGACUUUGAUUCUACUGUACAGCGAUAUCUUGGAUUAUCCUGCGGACAGCGAGUUUUUACAAACCGUUGUAUUUAACACCUUUGUCUUCUGUCAAAUCUUCAAUGAGAUCAACUGUCGUCGUAUUGAUAACCGCAUGAAUAUCUUUACCGGCCUUCACAAAAACUUCUUCUUUAUUGCCAUCUUCCUCAUUUGCGCUGUCGGUCAAGUUAUCAUCGUUCAAUGGGGCGGCCAAGCAUUCCAGACCACUCCUCUUGACGGCACCCACUGGGCUAUCAGCAUUGUUGUUGGCCUUCUAUCUAUUCCCAUCGGAGCCGUGAUUCGAAUGAUUCCCGACCGAAUCUUCUCCAUAUUUAUCAUUAACGAAAACACGCGCAUUCAAUAUCUAGAGCCAGACAAGUUGCUAUCUUCCAAUAGAACUCCUUCAGUCUAUGUGGCGGGAGGAGAACGAUUUGCAUGGAACAGUGCGUACACCAACGUUACACGCGAAAUUGCUAAUUUCCGUGAGCCAAAGAAAAGCGAUGGCCAUCUCCACCGUAGACGUUCAAGCAAUGCCUUAGCGGCAGCUAUCAUACCAAGCUUUAUUGCUACUGCUCCAGGAGCUGGUUGGGUAGCCUCCAAGGAAGACGGAUCUCAGCAAGAUCACUUUGCUACUCAAGAUACCAACAACUCUUUUAUUGAUAUAGAGCGAGCGGAAAGGACUUCUGAAGACCAAACCGAAAGCAUCCCACAGCAAGAUUCCAAAUAAUCUCAUUUCUAUAGCUUUUCUUUUUUGUUAUUCUUGCCAUUUUUUUUUUAGCUAUCUGUGUGUUAAAAAGCUCUUACCUUAACUGUACAUAACUGCGUAAAAUAAAUUCUAGAGCAACAGGCGGCACCCAAUUUUUCUUUUAGCGC